CUUUAUACUUUGUUGUCUGUCUUUAUCUUACCACUUCUGACCUUCCACCUUGUGGCUAAGUGGGGGCGGGUUGGGGGAGGAGAGGGGCGAAGUUAGUAUAAAGGAGAGGAAAUGAUCAGCUCGAGAUCAGUGUACCCUAACAAGCACCUUGACAUGAAGCACUUGGUAGUUGUGGUGGCAAGCGUUGUGGCUGCGUCUGCCCUGUCAGUUUCGCGCCCCGAAGAGGCAGCCAAGGAUGACGUUACCGCCAAAUUGCUGGGCAUAGGCGUGGUGGGAUUACCAGCCUUCGCCACCCAGGCCUUCACCGUGACCGUUGUCGAGACAGUGUCUGCUCAGACCACAGUAACAACUGACUGCGCCCUUAUGGUAAAUUACUGCAAUGCACGCUCCUCCUUGGGCCGGGGAGAAACCCCAACCAUCGAACCUACAGUUGCUAUUCUCACCGCAACUCCUUCCACCAUCACCGGUGAGACAUUUAUUUCCUCCAGUACAAACGAUGAGACUGCGAAUUCCCAAGUGCAAAUUCUCGACUCGUCUAUUGAUGAAACGGUACACACCACUCGGGACUUUGCUGUGAAACCCAUUGUUGCAGUACAAACUCCACCGGCAGCAGAGACUCCCACCCACACCCUCGCCAUUGACUCGCCCCAGGAAUCUCCAAGAAAUGGUGAUCUUAUCAUCCCAGCAUCAGCAGUCACUCUAGAGGAGGGAGAGCAUCGUGUACGCCGUCGCUGUUUUGAAGGUGUAAAUGCAAGGCUCCUGACAUUGAUAACUGUCACCUCUACCUCCAUUGCAUACACCGGGACCAUCAUUGAAGAAAACCCAACCCUCACCAUUGAAUACUUUUGUACUACACCAACAAUAUCACCACCAUUACAAACAUGUACUAGUUUUAAUGCUCCUCCAUUAGUGCCAUAAUGGACCAUCUACUCUCAUACAUGAAACUUGGAUUGGUUGUUUAUAUAGUGAUCAGUGAUGAGUACUAAUAGUUGAUUGAAAAGCCAAAAUAAUAAAAGAAAUAUGAUGUAAUGAUAAUAAUGAUGCUAAAUAGAGAAAAUUAAAAAACAGCAUGUUUUCAACACAAAGAUGGUAGCAAGCAAUAAAAAGGGAGAAAAAAAUCAGUCAUUUAUUUCCAUAUUAUCCCACCAAAGGAUGUGCACAACAAUAUUUCUCAAGAGAUAGCACAGGACUGCACUUUGACAUCAUGAAACUUGAUAGUAAAGUUUCCAAUUGCAGAAAAUUUUGCAUAUGCAGACAAAAGACUGACAAAGACAGGCUCUUGGUUAGGCAACCAUUGUGAACAAAUGCAAAACAAGGACAGCCAUCACUAGGUGAAGAAGCUUGUGGAGGCACAUGACAUGCACACCUUAGGCCUGUCAACCCUGAAGACUUUAUUGGAUUUAAUGUUUACAAAUUAUUGCAGUCACAAAAAAUGAGUUGCUUAUGUGCUAGCUAUGGAGGGAAGAAUAUAAAUGAGAAUACUUCAAUAAAAUUUAAAUGAAUACAAAUACAAUUCCAUCCAAAUAAUGUGUUCAAAUGCAUUUGAAUAUGAAUAAUGAAUAUGGAUACUCCAUCCCUG